AUGGCAACGAACCAACCAACCGAGGAUGCCAUAAUCAUUGGCAUCGAUUUUGGGACGACAUACUCGGGUGUCGCCUGGGCAUACUCACGGGAGCCAAACGACAUUGCGAUCGUGACAAGCUGGGAGGCCGAGCUAAACCACUGCUCAGAUAAAGAGAAAGCACCAACUCAGCUGUUGUACCACAGCAAUAAUGAUGCCACCUGGGGAUACUCCAUCCCUGCCGACGAGGACGCCUUGAAGUGGUUCAAGCUGCUGUUGCUCAAGAGAGGCGACAUUCCAGCCGAUGUCGCGACAUCUGAACAGCUCUCCAACACUCGUCGUCUGCAGGAAGCGACAGGCAAGCAGCCCGUCGAAAUCAUUGCUUGCUUUCUCAGGAAGCUAUGGAACCAUGGCAUCGAGUCCAUCAAGCGCAGCAUCGGCGCUGAGCUGCUAAACAAGUCCAAGUUCCAUGUCAUCAUCACCUUGCCAGCCAUCUGGCCCCCAUACGCUCAGAGACACAUGAAGAAAGCUGCAGGCCUCUCUGGCAUCCUUGAUGCCCGAUCUUGCGGCGCCACCACGAUUCGUUUCGUUUCAGAGCCCGAAGCAGCGGCUUUGACUACGAUCCAGGACCUUUCAAAGAGGUCAACCAUCAAGCCAGAUGAUACCAUCAUUGUCUGCGAUGCUGGAGGCGGAACAGUCGACCUCGUCAGCUACAAGAUCCAAUCGACAGAGCCAUUCGUCGUCAAGGAGUGUGUCAAAGGAGAUGGAAAGAGCCCUGUCCCAAGAGGAGCUUGGGAUCAAGUCAGCAAAGCAGCGGAAAAGAGAUUCCUCAACGACGGGUGGGAGCACGGCAUCAAGCCGCAGUUUGCGAACCAGCAAAGAACUUGGCUGGUCGAUCUGCCCGACGCCUGCAAUGACGCUCCCCGGAAGCUCAAACGCCGCCGUGCAUUUGAGCUCACCUCGGGCGAGAUCCUGUCCGUAUUUUCUCCCAUUGUCGACAAGAUUGUCUCAUUGGUGCGCCGUCAGUAUGAUGCCAUUGAAAGAAAGUACUCUCAGCACCCAAAGCACAUCAUUCUCGUCGGCGGUUUUGGUCGUUGCCGAUAUCUUUUUGACCGGCUGCAGACCGAGUUUGACUCGUCAGUCCUACAGGCUCAGGGCAGCAAACCGUGGACCGCUAUCUGCCGUGGCGCUGUCGUUCACGAGCUUUCCAAGCAGAACCUUUCUGUAGACAUUGGUGUGAGGGUAGAGGCAAGGAUUGCCCGCAUGAGUUACGGUGUCACCAACAGCUCGCCCUUCGAUGAUUUCAAGCAUCUACAGACUGACAAGUACUGGUGUGAGAUGGAACAGAGGUAUAAGGCGCACAACCAAAUGACGUGGUUCUUGAAAGAGGGAGAUGACAUUACCAACAAACGUCCAGUCCGACAUUCUUUUUACCAGCUCUACUCAGGGCCCGUGGGGUCUGUCAAGAAUGACAUACACUGUUCCGCGUCCUACCCAGUUCCCUCGAGAAAUGACCACACCGUUGAACGGCUGUGCACAAUCAGAUGGAACAAGCAUGUGAGCCUCGGGUCGCUCCCACUGUAUACCAACCCCAUCGGAAACGUCUACCACGAGCUGAGUUAUACCGUCGAGAUGACAUGCGAAGAUGGGACUGUCGACUUUGCAGUCUACCACGAUGGGCAGCGGGUUGGGGCACAAAACGUCGAGGUUGAGUUUGACUGA